AUGGCAAUCGCCUUGUGGAAUGGAAAAGAGGUUGAAAAUAGUGUUAGGCAAGCUACUCUUCAAGACAAGCCUGUUGAGAAUGAAAAAGUGAUUGAGACAAUUGACAAGCAAAUUCAAGAGAAAGAAGCAGAGACAACUUUACCACCACCAUGCUUUUCUCAAAGCUUUACAGAGAUGCCAUCAUAUGUGAAGUUUUUGAAGGACAUAUUGACCAAGAAAAGGAAAGUGGUGGACUUUAAGACAAUUACACUCAUUGAGGAGUGUACAGCGAUGAUCCAAAACAAGCUUCUGCCAAAGCUUAAGGACCUAAGGAGUUUUUCUAUCCCUUGCUCAAUUGAAAAUGUCUUGCUUAAGGUGGGGAAACUAUACAUUCUGGUGGACUUCUUUGUACUUGAGAUGGAGGAAGAUCAAAAGGUUCGGAUCAUACUGGGAUGCCCAUUCUUAGCUACUGCAGGCACACUAAUCGAUGUAAGGGAAGGCAAAAUAACUUCUAGAGUUAGAGAAGAGGUAGUUAAAUUUACUAUCUUCAAUGCACCUAAACACCCUUCAUCCACAACUCAAUGUUAUAGAGUGUACUUAGCUGAUAGAGGUAAAGGUAAUCAUAUUCCACCACCUAUAAGUGAGCAAGCACUAACUCUUGAGUUAAAGCCAUUGCCAUUAUAUCUCAAAAUGAAACAGUGUUAUGAUGAGCAUAAUCUACCACCUUCUAAUGAUAAUGAUUUUAAGGUGGGAUAA